GUGACCUUUAACCCCAAGAUGUCAGCCCCCAGUUCUAGAAUUCAUGGCAUAUCGCCGAUGCCGAUGGCAAUGGCUCUCAUAACCUCAUAAACAUUAGUCUUCCUCAAACUCAAAGUCCAAUCGAAGACAGAAAUUGAUCAAUGCGGAGCGCAGUAGAACAAAGCCUCAAAUUUGCAAUUCACUAAAGAGGAAGGGAGAUCUGUAUACGUCGUCAACAUCUGUCAUCUGAGCCGAGCUGCACCGUGCACGCGCACGCCGCGGUAAAACUGAUUUCAGCAUGGUACAAGAACAGCGUAAAGGUGAUGGCCAGCACACAGCGUGCUUACCAAACCCGAACGCAAACCUGUCUGCGAGUGUGACGCGGCCUCAGGGUCCGUCGCACGACCGAAAAAAGAAACCCAGAAAGAGAAACAAAAAGAAGAAACCCGUUAUUGGCGUGUUAAAGUCUGCGAGUCAGCAAGAGGCCGCACCAGCGAAACCGCUCCAAGCGAAUAAUGUCGCGGACGGGUCGACGACGGUUGAGCCGCAUCGUCCGAGUGCGCAGAAUCCUGGCGAUGCGUUGUCCGUAGCAACGGGGCGUGCGCGCAAACGAAAGAUGCAGCGGAAAAUCAACAAGACUCGGAGUUCGGACGCCGCAACGUUGUCUCUGUCGCCGGACGCUGACUCUCGGCCGGGUUCGGACGCGGCCGACGGACAUUCCGGCAUGAGGCGUGGGACUCGAGCCAACGCGCGGGUUCCGCCGAUCGAUGCCGAGGGUCAGACGGAGGUCAGCCGGACCGAACGCAAACGGAAGCGGACGCAGCCCGACGAGAAGCUGCCGUGCUUGCUAGCGCCCGCCGCGGCGCCCUCUGGAUCAAAGCGGAAGAAGUUACGCGGCAGAAAAAUGGUGCGAAAGCCGCAGGCCAAUGCUUGUGCAAAGCGGAACACGGAAGAACGCGCGGCCGGGAAAUGCGUGCCUGACCGCAUUGAACCGAAAACGACGGCUGUGAAAGUAGAAGUUGCUUCAGAGAGCGCUGCGCAUCGAAAAGCCGCCUCGGCGAAAGGCAAACGUCAAGUAGCUGUAGAAAAACGAAAGCUGAAAGCUAGGGAAUACAACAAGCAAAUGAAGCUUAGGACUAGGCAGAAACAUGCAAAGCGAAGGAAGACGCACGAGGGAAAAACAGAAUUGGGAGCCAACACAGACAGUGAAAAUCUACAAAAAUUGGCGAGUGAGAUGGCGGCAGUCACAGUCGAGGUGGAACCGCCGUCCAACCCGGGAGACGUUUCGGCUAACUGGAAGAAGUUGCUUGCUACGGAGCCCAAGACGGUGAAGAAUGCAGGAGUGAAGAGGAAGAGGAAUGCUACUCUUUUGAAUCCGAAAUGGAACGGUGUGAAGACACCAGUGGAGGGGGAGCCCAAGUAA